GGGGCUAGGGUGCAUUGUUCUUUGGCUGUGUGUGCAUGACUAAACGGCAUGACAAAAUAAUCGUAAUUUCCCCCCUUUUUCCUUUUAACUCCUACCUUUUGGCUGUGGCUUACUGGUAGCCGGUUUAGGGGAGGUUAACAUUUAAUUAGUCAAGUAAACGAUCCGUUUUAAUAUUAAUAGCAGAUUUUAUAGAAACCGCCUUUAAUCUUUAUAUUAAUGAAACGUCUGCCAGGUUCUCAUUUGAGCGCAGUUUGCAGGGUGAAGUGCCAGAUGACCGGGUUUGGUAAAAUCUCCUAAGACAGCCGUAGUGUGACCUCUACCCCAUUGCCUUUUCCCCUCCCCCGCCCUGAUACACAGUAACCACGGCGAUGACCCACCUGCCCAGCAGCUCAGUCCGCGACCACAUGAAAUGGGCAGGACUGCUGGGCUGUGAGGCUGUCCUCUCGAGCAUGGCUUUGAUGCAGGCCAGCUCCAUGGCCGGGCAGAAGAAGAUGAUGUCCCCACUGGGCCAUGGACAGAGAGAGAGUCCUGAACGUGCUCCACAGAGUCACAUGAUCCUGCCGUCUGGAAUGAGCUGCCCGCCCCUGCUCAUCCGUAAGGAAGGAGACUUCCACUCAGCCCGACUGUUGGAUGACAAGGAAAUGCGGGAGAGUGAGGACUCACAGCUGAAAAAGAAGAACAGGAAAUCAGGAACGCCCUGCAAAGUGGUGGUCGUGGAUGAGAAUGGCGAAUGUCCCUUGUCCAAAGUGCAGAAGAACUUCAUCUGUGAGCACUGUUAUGGGGCCUUCCGGAGUGGCUAUCACCUGAAGCGGCACAUCCUUAUUCAUACAGGGGAGAAGCCGUUUGCCUGUGACAUGUGUGACAUGAGAUUUAUUCAGCGCUACCACCUGGAGAGACACAAGCGUGUUCACAGUGGGGAGAAGCCCUACCAGUGCGAGCGCUGUCAGCAGACCUUCUCGAGAACGGACCGGCUGCUCCGACAUCGACGGCUUUGCGGGGGCCAGGGGGUCCCAGGGGUUGCCAAGGGGGAGAACCAGCCUUGUUGUGAGCAGAGAUCGUACCCCCAAGAACCUCCUAACCCCACUGCUGCCUGGAGCUCCGUGCACCCCCCCUCAGGGGACAAGCCGUUCGCGUGUGACAUUUGUGACAUGCGGUUCACCCAGCGCUACCACCUGGGGAGACACAAGAGAAUCCACAGUGGGGAGAAGCCCUACCAGUGUGAGCGCUGUCAGCAGACCUUCUCGAGAACGGACCGGCUGCUGCGACAUCGACGCCUUUGCGGGGGCCAGGGGGUCCCGGGGGCUGCCAAGGCGGCGACCCAGCCGUGCUACGAGCCAAGACCGUACCCCCAGCAACCUCCUAACCCCACUGUUUCCUGGAGCACCCUGCACCCCCCUUCAGGGGACAAGCCGUUCGCGUGUGACAUUUGUGACAUGCGGUUCACCCAGCGCUACCACCUGGGGAGACACAAGAGAAUCCACAGUGGGGAGAAGCCCUACCAGUGUGAGCGCUGUCAGCAGACCUUCUCGAGAACGGACCGGCUGCUGCGACAUCGACGGCUUUGCGGGGGCCAGGGGGUCCCGGGGGUCCCUGGAAUCCCAGCUGCCCCCAAGGCGGCGGCCCAGCCGUGUUACGAGCCCAGGCCGUACCCCCAGGAGCCCCCAAACCCCGCUGUGGCCUGGAGCGCCCUGCAUCUUCUGUCUGGUCGCCUGCCGAUCUGACCGUCCUUCUCUCCAGCAGACCUCCACCCCAGGAAGACACAGCGAGCAAACGCGUACAGGCAGAAGGCCGCCAUUCCCUGAUCCAUGUUGAUAUUGCAGCUUUAGUCAAGUUUGUGUUUGUGCUGAAACUAUGUAAUAUUACUAUUAUUAUUUUAAUAUUAGUUAUGUUUUAAAAAGAUAAGUUUCACCCUAGUUGACAACGCCUCGUUUUUUACCAAGAGACUGAGUGCGGUUAAUAGACGGUCUUCCUGUUUGUACCCCUGCCAGCCCCUCCCCCUUCCUGUUUGUACCCCUGUCAGCCCCUCCCCCUUCCUGUUUGUACCUCUGUCAGCCCUGCCCCCCUUCCUGUUUGUACCCCUGUCAGCCCUGCCCCCCUUUCCACAUCUGUGCCAUGCAGAUAGGAGGAGAUAGGAGGAGUCUCACCUUCACUUACCAGUUACUCACAGGUGCCUCUCAGAUGUGAGUAUCUGCCAGGAGUAGGCAGUCAUGCAGUACCUCCUGGCCCAACUCUCUCCCUCCCUUGGCAGGAUGAUAUGAAUUUGAUUUGUUGCUAUGGGCUCCAUGUCGCGAUCAGUCACUGACAGUCUAGAUCUGAACUGCGAUUUGGUCUCCAGAAGUUUUCUAUAUACCUGUUUUAAAAACCUUUGAGUACCUAAUAAUUUAAUGAUUAUGAUGGUACUGGAAAAAAAUAUUAUGUAAGAGGUAACUAUCUAAUAAUUGUGGCUCUGUUGAAAGUUAAACUACUACAAACAUAGGCUAAAAAGGAUAUUUUGACAAAAUAGCACAUCGCUUUUAAAAAAGUAACCAGACAUGAGUCAGGUGAAAAUGACAAAUAAUCUUUGGUCAUGGGAACAUCAUGAAACUGCAGCAUACAUCAUAACUGAUGACCCAGACCAUGAUACAGAAGGUGAUUUCUUUUUUUUAUAAACACAUAUAUCUGUUCAUUAAAUAACAAGAAAAUGACAAAGUUUUGUGGCAUUCAGAAUUAUAUACACUUUUAACAUCUGUCCAUUGUUUAACACAAACAUUGCCAUUGUAACUGAAAACUUGUAGUUGGGUUUUUACUUCUCCAAAGUAACACUUCAGAGCUGGAGUGGUCUUAGUCCUUUGGUGUGUCAGUCUUUGUGUAGUAAUACCUUGGACAUGACUGACACUCUUGUUGUGGUAGGAGGAACCUGAAUUGGGACAUUGUAUUUCACUGUAUGCAAGAGACAGACCUUCAGAAUCACAUAGCUCUCUUAUCACUCACAGAUACUUUGCUUACACCUCAGAUUUCUGUAAUUAUGUAUUUAAAGUAGAAACAUGGUGAAAUCUGAGAGUGGAUUGUGUAUUAUGGGUUUGAGUUCCAUGGUCUGUAAUGUAUAAUAUUCUAAUCCCACUUUGCGUCUUCAUAUCUCAGUCUGGUUACUGCUUUUUGGAUGCUUGUGCAGACUGGUAUUGUUGUCUAAGUUACUGGUGGAUGCCGCUCCCUCAGUAUUACAGAGAUGCCCUCGGCCCCGUUGGUGGUUAUCUUGGUGGGUGAUUCCUGUCAUGAGAACAUGUAGGCGUGUGGGUAUGUGAUGCCACACUAGUGUCACCAGGUGUGACCCACUGUGGAGACACUGCUGCCAGGUCACCAUUAAAGGUCACCCAUUGUGCUACUUUGUAUCAGAUCUUAUGGAAAUCGAGCCCAGCUUAAUGAGCAAUGAGGUUUUCAGAUUGAAGAUCAUGCAAACGACAAGGGAGAGAGGCAAGGCGAAGGCUUGGUAGAUGUAUCCUUGUAUAAUGAUAAUUCUGUUAACGAACCUCAAGAACUAUGGUUUUCUAGUCUAUUUUUAAACACUGGAGUAUAAAAACAGUUCAAUAUUGGGUGUAUUCAUUUCUUUAUAGACCGUUAUUUUUUGUCUUAAGAAAAUGAAAUCUUUUUGUUUUUUUAACGAUAAAUGAGUGACCAGUACUUGGAUAUUAGUAUUGUGUUAGUAAUUUAAGGUUUAAAUUGAGUUCUGUUGGCUGGGAUGAAAGGUUGGGGGGGGGGAUAUAGUACCUCAGAAAAUGGUAGUUUUCAUACUGCUUUCCUUCCUCAUUUUUAGCAAAUGGGUUUUGGUAGGAAUUGUAGAAAGCAAAUACAAUAGUCCUGCAGAUAAUAGGUAGUGUGUUUUUUUUGUUAUUCAUAGUAUUGCAUGCAGAGUUUUGCUAAAUAGAUAUUAAUUCUUUGAUUUAGUAAAGAAGGAUUUGGGUAAAACUUUUUUAUUGUUAUCAUGGUAAUUGUUAAAACAGAUAAAAUAAUAUGUACUCUCUUAAGACCCACAUUUAUGUUUUAUGGAGUGAAGAACAGAGUUUCCCUUAUAAUAAAAUUAAUUACUUUUUAAGACUU